AUGAGCUCCUUUGAGCCACAAACCCACUCACCACCACGCUGCAGCCCUCAAUUUCCAAACAUUGGUCAGGAGCCUCCAGAGAUGAAUCUCUACUAUGAGAACUUCUUUCAUCCACAGAACAUCCCCAGCCCACAGCGACCAAGCACCUUCGAGACAACGGAUUACAGUGCCACCCCCAACCCUUACCUCUGGCUGAAUGGACCCUCCAUUACCCCACCACCAUAUCUCACAGGAUCCAAUGCCAGCCCCUUCAUUCCUCAGUCCUACGGGAUGCAAAGGCAGCUCUUGCCAAACAUGCAUGGCUUGGGAGGAACUGACCUGGGCUGGCUUCCUCUCCCAUCCCAAGAAGAGCUUAUGAAGUUGGUCAGACCUCCUUACUCCUACUCUGCACUUAUUGCCAUGGCUAUCCAUGGAGCACCUGAGAAGAGGCUGACCCUCAGCCAGAUCUAUCAGUAUGUGGCUGACAACUUCCCAUUUUAUAACAAAAGCAAAGCUGGCUGGCAGAACUCCAUCCGGCACAACUUGUCUCUCAAUGACUGCUUCAAGAAGGUGCCCCGAGAUGAAGAUGAUCCAGGAAAAGGGAAUUACUGGACUCUGGACCCAAACUGUGAAAAGAUGUUUGACAAUGGAAACUUCCGCAGGAAGAGGAAAAGGAAGUCUGACAUCGGGGCCAGUGCUGCCACCCUUGCAGCUGAGAAAUCAGAGGAUAGUGUCCUGAGUGGCAGCCCCAAGGCUGUAGAGCAUCAGGAUAUCUUGGAAAACCCAUCUCCAGGGACUGACCAUUCACCUGAGAAGGGAUCUCCACCUCCAGCUCCCAGCAGCCCAUGUCUCAGUAGCUUUCUCUCCAGCAUGACCGCCUACGUUCAGGGCUCCAACUCCGGGAGCCGCUCAGUGCCUCUGGGACUCAGCUCUGAACCCACUGAUAAAAUGGGACAGAACGUGGCAGGCUUUAACUCCUACUCUCCACUCUCCAAUAUCCCCAGUCACACUGUGGGAGAGUGGUCCAAUUCCAUGCCUUCUAGCCACCUUGGCUACAGCAACUCUGUGCUUAACCAGUUUAACACCCAUUUUUACAGCAGUAUUGGCACAAGUAACACACUAUAUCCCAGGGAAGGAACAGAGGUUUAA